AUGAGUGAAGGUGCGGCCGCUGCCUCGCCACCUGGAGCCGCUUCGGCAGCCGCCGCCUCGGCCGAGGAGGGCACCGCGGCGGCUGCGGCGGCGGCAGCGGCGGGCGGGGGCCCGGACGGCGGCGGCGAAGGGGCGGCCGAGCCCCCCCGGGAGUUACGCUGUAGCGACUGCAUCGUGUGGAACCGGCAGCAGACGUGGCUGUGCGUGGUGCCUCUGUUCAUCGGCUUCAUCGGCCUGGGGCUCAGCCUCAUGCUCCUCAAAUGGAUCGUGGUGGGCUCCGUCAAGGAAUACGUGCCCACCGACCUGGUGGACUCCAAGGGGAUGGGCCAGGACCCCUUCUUCCUCUCCAAGCCCAGCUCCUUCCCCAAGGCCAUGGAGACCACCACCACCACUACUUCUACUGCGUCCCCCGCCACCCCCUCCGCCGGCGGUGCCGCCUCUUCCAGGACGCCCAACCGGAUUAGCACCCGCCUGACGACCAUCACGCGGGCGCCCACUCGCUUUCCCGGGCAUCGGGUGCCUAUCCGGGCCAGCCCGCGCUCCACCACCGCACGGAACACUGCGGCCCCCCCGACGGUCCUGUCCACCACAGCCCCCUUCUUCAGUAGCAGCACGCCGGGCUCCCGACCCCCGGUGCCAGGAACCCCCAGUACCCAGGCAAUGCCAUCCUGGCCCACUGCGGCAUACGCUACCUCCUCCUACCUUCAUGAUUCUACUCCGUCCUGGACCCUGUCUCCCUUUCAGGAUGCUGCCACCACCUCUUCCUCCUCUUCGUCUUCCUCCUCCUCUACCACCACGACGCCAGAAACUACCACCAGCCCCAAAUUUCAUACAACGACGUAUUCCACGGAGCGGUCUGAGCACUUCAAACCCUGCCGAGACAAGGACCUCGCAUACUGUCUCAAUGAUGGCGAGUGCUUUGUGAUCGAGACCCUGACGGGAUCCCAUAAACACUGUCGGUGCAAAGAAGGCUACCAAGGAGUCCGUUGUGAUCAAUUUCUGCCGAAAACUGAUUCCAUCUUAUCGGAUCCAACAGACCACUUGGGGAUUGAAUUCAUGGAGAGUGAAGAAGUUUAUCAAAGGCAGGUGCUGUCAAUUUCAUGUAUCAUCUUUGGAAUUGUCAUCGUGGGCAUGUUCUGUGCAGCAUUCUACUUCAAAAGCAAGAAACAAGCUAAACAAAUUCAAGAGCAGCUGAAAGAACCACAAAGUGGUAAAAACUAUAGCCUCAAAGCAUCCAGCACAAUGGCAAAGUCAGAGAACUUGGCGAAAAAUCAUGUCCAGCUGCAAAGUUAUUCAAAGGCGGAAAGGCAUCCUGUGACUGCAUUGGAGAAAAUGAUGGAGUCAAGUUUUGCCAGCCCUCAGUCAUUCCCAGAGGUCCCUUCUCCUGACAGAGGAAGCCAGUCUGUCAAACACCACAGGUACAGCAGGAAUCUCUCCUCUUGCUGCAGCCCAGGGCAAAGGAGUGGUAUGCUCCAUAGGAAUGCCUUCAGGAGAACACCCCCCUCACCCAGAAGUAGGCUGGGCGGCAUCGUGGGACCAGCAUAUCAGCAACUUGAGGAAUCAAGAAUCCCAGACCAGGAUACGAUACCUUGUCAAGGGAUAGAGGUCAGGAAGACUAUACCCCACCUGCCUAUACAGCUGUGGUGUGUUGAAAGAUCCCUGGACUUCAAGUAUUCCUCCAGUGGUUUAAAAACCCAACAAAAUGCAUCCAUAAAUAUGCAACUGCCUUCAAGAGAGACAAAUUCCUAUUUUAAUAGCUUGGAUCAAAAGGACCUGAUGGGAUAUUCAUCCGCGCGGGCCAGUUCCGUGCCCAUCAUCCCUUCAGUGGGUCUAGAAGAAACCUGCAUGCAAAUGCCAGGGAUUUCUGAAGUCAAAAGCAUCAAAUGGUACAAAAACUCCUACUCUGCUGACAUUGUCAAUGUGAGUAUUCCAGUCAGCGAUUGUCUUAUAGCAGAACAACAAGAAGUGAAAAUAUUGCUAGAAACUGUCCAGGAGCAGAUCCGAAUUCUGAGCGACGCCAGGCGGUCAGAGGACUACGAACUGGCCAGUGUAGAAACCGAGGACAGUGCAAGUGAAAACACAGCCUUUCUCCCCCUGAGUCCCACGGCCAAAUCAGAACGAGAGGCACAGUUUGUCUUAAGAAAUGAAAUACAAAGAGACUCCGCGUUAACCAAGUGACUGGAGAUGGAGGAAUCCGUGUGUUCUAUGCUUUGCUCAACAGGAAAAGAGAGGAAAUUAAAUACAAAUUAUUUAUAUGCAUUAAUUUAAGAGCAUCUACUUAGAAGAAACCAAAUAGUCUAUCGCCCUCAUAUCAUACUGUUUUUUAACAAAAUAUUUUUUUAAAGGGAAAGAAAUGUUUCAGGAGGGAUAAAGCUUACAACUAAAGCUUUGGGUAGAAUUGUGAAUACAAUUUUAGUUUGUCCCAACACCGGGGCCUCCUUUGGCUCUUAGUAGAUGUGGGUGAUUCAGACCCUCAGCCCCACCGCACCAGUGUCCUCAUAAAAAAGCACUGGCAGUUACCCGGUUUCAAAGAGACAAGCUGUAUCCUGAGGGUGGACGUGCCAAUGAGCAGGUGGCCCUUGCAUUUGGCUUGCAGGUCCCAACCCCUAAAUUUCUCUUCACGCGACAGCCUCCUCACAGGUUAUGUCAUGUCAACCAAUGUAGUGUUUUCUAUUUCAUUUUUGAAGAAUGGCACAAAGACUCUGGAAGAGGGAGGGCAGGAGAUAGAAGACGUAAUCUGGGGCAAUCUUAGCUACUCUUCAUGUGCCGCUCCCUCUGAAAUUUGAAGGCACAGAAUCUCAGAGGGAGGUGUGAAGGAAAUUAUUAUAGAAAAAGAGAUGAGAAAAUUCACAAUGUCGUGUUACUAAAAUCAUGCGAUUAGAAGUGUUUUUCUUUGAGAUUGUGUAGGGGCUCCAAAGGAGCAUUUCUCAGUGUGUGUGCGUGUGUGCCUGUGUGUGUAUGUGUGUGUGUGCGCAUGCGUGCGCACACCCGUGUGUGGGUAUGGGUUUGCUCACCCGAGCACAGGUAUGCUGUAUGCACAUGUGUUCAUUGUGUGUAUGUGUGUGCAUGUGUGUGCAUAUUAAGCUUGCUAAAAUUUGUUCUGAAACAUCAGGGAAUUUAUUAUUCAGAAAAAAAAUUUCCCUCUCAGAUCUGUUCACUUUAAAUUUAUCCAUUAAGUAUCAAGUUCAGUUAGUAAGUUCUUAAAUCAAGGUCACUUGCAUGGCGGGAUCCUAUAAAACUCUUGACAACGUCAAGAUCAUUUUCUGGUGUGAAUACUUUUGAGAGGAACAACUAUUGGCUCAUUAAUGAUAUCAGUACCACAAGGCGAGUUGAGGAUGUGGGUUUAUUUUGAAUUAUGCAUACUUAAAUGAUUUACACAAGACAAUUAUCAAAUUGACAGUUGCCCUUUGCUUUCUCGUCAUCCUCAUUACUAUUUAUUUUGUAGCAAGUCUACUAUUUGUGGACCAAGACAUUGGCUUCUGUGGUUAAUAUGGAAAGAAUAAAUUGUUGAAAUCACAAAGCCCAGACUUUUCAGUUCACAGGAAGCCCCCCAAAGAACAGUAAAUUGUGUUGUAUGUUCAUUUGGAAUAAAGCAAUAUUUUUACCACUGCUAAGGUGAA